GAAACUGAGUCAAAAGUGUACCUAUUGACACGGACACUGUGGGAGUUCUUUCGAUAAAAGACCCCGCCGACUUUCUUCCGACCGCGUUCAACACAUUUCUUCUCCGACCGGCACUUGGCAAGUCAGUAUGGUGCGCUUUCUGCAUGUUGUUGCCGCUUCUUCGGCGCUCUGGUCGACAGCGAUCUCUCUCGGAACGAACUACAACCAUGACGGCAAAACGACGUACUGCUGGCAUAUCGAUGAACCAGCCUCAAACGCCAAGCUGAGCGAGCUGGAUCGUACGCAGGAAUAUUCUGGCACCAACGGAUGCCCCGUUGCAAUGACGGUCUCGCUGGACGCGACGACGGUCGAGGUGAACACACCUGUGAACGUCACAUGGACAGUCGACGCCGAUUUUAAUAGCGGCAGCAACCUCGUGAAUAUGACGCAACUCGCUUACGGUCAGGAUAGCAGCGGGCGCACGGCACAGAUUGUACAUUCGAACGUUCACUCAUGCGUGUACCAGUCGGGCUGCGAUCCCUUUUACGACGGCGAGAAGCUCGAGGACAAGACCUCCAACCAAAUUGCGAACCUCACCGACAAUGCAGCCGACUUUAAGGACUCGGUGCAAUUCAGCAAAGCAGGACCAUGCUCUGUGCUUGCACACAUCAUUAUGCCCGAUACCAACUCGUCCAAGCAGUUCGCCUAUGCUGUAUACGUUGAGCUCACAGUAACCGAAGCCAAGGAAGAACAAACAACGGAAGCCCCAGCAACGACCACAAACGACGACGAUGGAGGAAUCUCGCAGGCUGCCAUUAUCGGAAUCAUUGUGGGCGGCGUUGUUGUCGUCGUUGCGCUCGUUGUGGUCGCCGUCGUGGCGCGGCGUCGGCAGGGUAACAACAACGUUGACAUGAGCAACUACAGCUAUCCUCCACCGCCCCCGUAUGAUGCAGCGUCAGAAUUGUACGCAGUGGACCCGAAGGAGAACAGGACUGGAUCCGAAGCUGGAACUGCCCGAGUAACAGGAUCGUGGAGCAUCCCAGCGAAUAGCCUCCCAGCUCGCAGUCUGGAUGGCACGAACGGCUCCAACGGAUCGCGGAGUUCUCACCCAGCGUCACAGGGCUACGCAGACCGUGAUGGAUACACGUCUUACGGUGCAGGCUACCGUCCUGUGGAUGCCGACGCCCAGCGACCGCGGCGAGUGGAUAGCGAUGUGGAAUUGUAAAGUUUGAUGCUUACGUUACAUGUGCCUGCCUGACUGCAGAGAUAGGUGAAAAAUAUUUGCGAAGAUGUUUGGGCAUGCCCCGUCGGAAUCUGGCAUAGUGGGGACUUGAAAUGGCAAUAAUAGCUUCCAACUUGCGUGGUUGCCAACAGUCGUUUGUGUAAGCCCCUGACGACGUUAUGGUUGAAUAUGAUCAUUUUUCCGACAUUACUAGAAGUUUGUAAAAAGUGUAGCAGCCAAUAGAAUUAAACUUGCCAAUUUUAAACUAAUCA